CUCAUGGCCACGCGACUAACCAAUGAAUGUCAGAAGAAAGAUUGGGAUUACUUUGUUUUUAUGAAUAACUAUAAGUGACUAUAUAAAACUCAGAAAUUGUGAUGGCCAAGAAAAUGUUAACGUUCGUGGAACUAAAGAUUUACAUGCUUGGAUCAUCCAUUCAUAACUGAAAUAAAAUCUUUAUACAAAUUUUAUAAAAUAACUCACCCUUCGAAACUGACUAAUAAGAUCGCAUGUCAUUGUUACACAACACAAGAGAAAUAUACCACAAGCUUCUUUCUAAUAACACAGAGAAGACACAAUUGAAGGAUAAGGUAUUGAGGGUUUUCAGCUUGCUUAAGAAACAAAUACGGUUAGUACGAAAUUAUGAUGUAUAUUACUAGGCUUCUCUAAAGUAAGAAUAUAUAACAUUAUGUCUUAUUGAAAAAUAAAUGGUUUUAAGAAAUACCAUAAUAAUAAUAAUAUGGACUUGUGUACCCAGAUAAUAUUUAAACGAAUAAACUAAAUUCAAUGGAAUUAUAUGAGAAAAAUAAAAAGGAACACUGGAAAAAUCUAGUUGGUCAACAGAAUCUUAAGUAGCUAAAGGCAAAUUUAUAAAUUUCAGAAUAAUUAACGAUUCAAAACAUAAUAUAACAAGAAAUUUUGUCUUAUUGCUUAAACAUGUUGAAUUCUAUUUUGUAAAUGCACUUUUAUCAAACUAUUUAAUUGGAUAUGAAAAUCGUCCAAAAGAGUGGAAACUGCCUAUAAAUCUUUAUAUAUAUAAAUAUAUAUAUAAUUUAUGAGUAUGCAUCCAUCAUUUUCGGAUACAUAUAGAAAGUCAGAUGAUGAGGAUUAUACAGCUGAAUCGAAACCUCUGACUGGCAAAGGAUGUAGUAUCAAUAAUAGUAACAACAAUAAUUUGUCUAAUCCUAAUAACGAUAACGCAGAUGAAAAGAAACUCAAUGAUGUAAUAAAGUCAAUUGAAGAAGGAGAUAAGUAUAGUAUGUCUGUCGGUCUAGUCAAACAAAUGGAUUCAGAUGAUACGGAAAUAAUGACGAAUACUCCACAGAAAAGAAAUUGGAAGGGAAUUCUACUUGCAUUGCUUGUGAUUAUGUUUAUUUCUUCCUUGAUUCUAACAGCAAGUGUGUUGACAACACCAAAAGAGAAGAAGAUCGACUAUGGAUUACCGUUCACUUUUUCUGAUCUUAUGCACGUAAAUAAACUUUUGGAACCAUUCAAUAGUCAAUCUGUUAAUGAUAGUUUUGUUUAUUUAACAAAAGAACAAGAUUUACUCGUGAUGGAUACCAAUACGCUCAAAGAAACACUUCUUCUGUCGCAUCUUGUUAUACAAGAGAAAGCCGCAUUCAUGGAGAAAUAUUUCGUUGCACCAGAUCUAUCAGCAGUGAUAUUAGCAUAUGAUUUGAAAGAUCCUACUAGACGUUGUGGAAAGUCAAAGUAUGAUGUAGUGCGCCUUAAUCCAGUAACAAAGAGAACUGGGCCUGAAAGGAGAAUCGAAAUCGGAGUAGACGACCAAACGACAGAACAGCCAUUUUUAGACUUUGUCAAAUGGUCGCCAAAAAGUAAUUGUAUAGCUUUUGUAGCUCAGAAGAAUAUCCACUUGUUAUUCAAUCCACUUGAUUCAAAUAUUAGGAAAAUUGUAAAUCUUACACAAUCGAUGCCCCAAAGUCAUCUGUCUUAUGGUGUAUCAACUUGGUUAUAUGAAGAGGAAAUUUUACACACCAAUGAAGCAUUAUGGUGGAGCGAUAGUGGAAAUUACUUAGCUGUUGCUGCGUUUGAUGAAACGAAUGUGAGUACAUAUGAAAUACUUAAAUUUGACGAUGUUCGUGAGUUCAAAAACGGAAAAAAGAAGAUCAAAUAUUCAAUGGCAGGCGAGACGUCCUUGUAUAAUAGUCCUGUGGUUACCUUAUAUCUGUACGAUAUGAAAACUAUGAACUUUCAAGUAAUUCCGCGACCUAAACAAAUCCCUAGUGAUGGAUUACUGACAAUGGCGCUCUGGAUGAAUGAUGACAUUUUUGUACAUGCAUGGACUAACCGUAUUCAGAAUCGUGGUUGGAUAACCGUUUUCAGUCAAUCUCUGAAUCAAAGUUGGGUUUUUUUUAAAAUUGGUUACGAAACUGGAUGGGUGGAUUUGUUAAAGCAGACUAAUGUGGAGCCUAUAAUUAACAAAGAAAAUCAAGAAAUGUUAAUUAUACUUCCAAGAGAUUAUUCAGAAAAAGGGUAUAGGGGUAUAGCAAAACUAAAAAUUCCAAUAUUACCAUCAGAAACUCUUCAAUUACCCAAUUGGAUUAUUACACCGAAUUUUGAUGUGAAGGAAAUACUACAUUAUGAUGGUAAUGAUGAAGUCAUUUUUAUUGGAACAGGACCUGACUCCAAAAACGCUCAUGUUUAUUGGACUUCACAAUCCAUAGGUAAUAUGACUUGUCUUACUUGUGAAAAUGUGAAUAAUACAUAUAAUUGGGCAGAAGUUCUGGCAAACGGAAAGUAUUUAGUUCAAGAUGUUCGAGGCUCGGGUACUCCCAAAACUUUCCUAAAAAGAAUCAUUAGGAAUUUUACAGAAACGAAUAAUUUCACGGUUACCACAGAAAUAAUCAAGUAUUUUGUGACAAACAGCGCAUUUGACUCCUUUGUAAACUCCCAUGCACUACCACGCAUUGAAUACACAAAACUGAGACUACGUAAUGGCACCAGAAAUCAAAUCGACGUUGAAGCUAAGCUUUAUUUACCUCCGGAACUUGAUCCAGCACAUAUCACACAAUAUCCUCUUUUAUUAUAUGCUUAUGGUGGACCAACAUUUCAAGUCGUAACCUCAGCUUUCACAAUUGACUGGUUAACAUACAUAUCAGCAACUGCAAAAGUUAUUGUUGCUCAAGUUGACGGCCGAGGUACAGGUGGUCGUGGAAGAUUAUAUGAACAGUCAAUCUAUAAAAAUCUAGGUGUGAUUGAAAUUGAGGAUCAGCUGGACAGUGUCAAAGCUUUAAUUCGACGUUACCACUAUAUAAACGAAAGUCAAGUUGGUGCUUAUGGUUGGUCUUACGGUGGAUUCACAGUUAGCCAUUUACUUACCAGACCUGAAAAUCAAUGGAUUCGGUGUGGAAUUUCUGUCGCUCCAGUCAGUGAUUUUAGAUAUUACACUACCGCAUAUUCUGAACGAUAUUUAGGAAGAUUUAUAGAUGACCCAGACGCAUAUUCUCGCACGGCUAUUAGAAAUUCUAAGAACAUGGCUUCCAAAGGAUUUUUAUUAGUUCACGGAACUGCCGAUGAUAAUGUCCAUCUUGUCAAUUCUGCUAAGCUGAUCAAAGAGUUGGUAGCUGCGGGUGUAGAUCUUGAUUUAAUGAUUUAUCCAGAUGAUGAUCAUUUUCUAUCACAUGGUAGAAAUCUAGAAAGUUUAUAUCGUAAAAUGACCAUAUUUCUGCUUGAUUGUUAUAAUAAAACAUCAGUAAAGUAUUCAAUGGAUUUAUCAGUUAAAGAUCUUUGAGAAUCGAAAGAGAAAACAAAUGAAUUUAAUGCGAAGAAACAAACGGUUGGAUAGAUAUGCACUCAUCAAAACAACAUAACUAAAUCUUUUUAAAAAAAUAUAAGAUCGCUUAUUGUUAUUUUUUAUUGCAUUACCAAAUAAAUCAUAUGUUAACAUAGAAAAUCUUGAGUCUUAGUAAUAGCAAUAAUCAUUUUACAAUGAUAAUCCUUGAAAGUCGAAUAUGAAAUAUGUAAAUAAAAUAUUAAUUCAAUGAAAGUUGUAUAAUUCCCAUUUUUUGAGUGUUCUUCAAAAUGUUUGCCCUUCUUUUCCUAUUACUUCAAAUCAACUAGUUAAAUUCAAGUGCUUUUCAUUUGUUCAACAAUGUUUUGUGAUAAAGUUCAUCUAGAAGGAUUACUAAUAAUUACUAAUAAAUUGACUCUAUUAUUUCAUGUAACCCGUAUAUAAUAGUUUAUACCUGUUUUUGUAUUUUAAUUUUCUACUCUUUCAACAUUUAAUUAUUGUCUCUGAUUUUCUUUAAUACUUUUGUUUAUGCCAAUUACCAUUAAUAUCUUUUUAGAAUACUGAGAUAAAGUAACAUUUUCAUGUUUACUUUCGCUCAUUCUUUCAAAAGAUUAUCAUUCUCUCAAAAAUGAUCUUGUUCUAAUCGGUAAUUUUUCGUUUGAAAAUGAUCGGUGCGGCAUGACUUUCAAAGGUAUUGUGUACGUAAUUAUAGUAUAUUUGUAAUAAAUAAACAUGCGCACAUAAAAUGAAUAAAUAAACGCAUCUGUCAGCUUAAAUCUUAAAUGAAAGCCACACAUUCAUUAACAUUGAUAAAGCUAUUGUUAGCUACAACAAUGAUGUCAUUUGGUCUCAUAAAAAAGGCAUGGAUAAUAUUAAAUAGAUUAAAUUAAUUUUCAUAUCAUUCAGAAUAUGAUUAUUGAUAUCGCUUAAAACAACUGUAUUUAUUAUUACUACAAAAACUUUGACACAAGAAUUUGUUGAUAAUAUUAUAACAAUUACUUACCUACAUAGAAACCAAUGUACAUCAGUGAAAAUGUUACUUGAAAAACACUAGUACAAUUGUCAGCAUUACGUCACGCUUUUAUUCCUAACCGUGUUUUAUUGCCUGAUAGAACCAUUUAUCAAGCAAAUUUCACUAUAAACCAAUGUUCGAUAAACAUUCAUCAUAAAUCAGGUUGGUAUCUGAACAUCUCAGGUAACGUUUGUGUGUGAUCAAAUACGCACACUUCUAGUGAGUAAUAUAUUUAGAUCGAAUAGUUGUUGAAUACUUUCUGGUUUUGUCCAGCUGACAUUACCAUAAACUGGAGGAAAUUUCAUUUAAAAUGUAUAAAGAUUCUGUAUUCAAUUAUCCUACUAAAUAGUUAACCAUUCAUAUGAACAUUCUGAAAAAAAUCUUAUAUUUUCAUACUGAAAUUUCAACUUCGACUAUUAGCUUUAGUGAUUCAGUUGUUCGCUCCCCUUAAUUUUUCAAACCUGUAUUGUAUUUAUUUCAGAACGAAAGUAAAAAUAGAUUUCUAAUAUACUAAUAGUUAGGAAAUCAAAUUCCUAGCGUUUUUCUACAUGGUGUACGCCAGUUCUUCAGAAAGCAAAUAAACAAACGAAAUAAAUCAGCUUAAUUUCAAAUAACACAAACGAGCUAUGUAAAAUUAAUUACUUCAGUCAAAAACAAGUCUGGAAAAUAACUAAAUUGUUAUAUAUUUAUUAUGUAUUUCUUUUGCUCUUGUUUAUCCACGUUUGAUGUAAUAUUCUCGGUGGGUUUUCUGGGUAAAUUUAAACCUAGAAAAGUUUUGCACUGAAUGAAUGUGAUGAAUUGAAGUUAAUAUUAUCGAUUAGUAUGUGUCCAUUCACAAACGUUGGUUAAAAUUAGCGUUCUCUUUGGAUUACUUUUAACCCAACAAUCUAAAAACGACAACUAACCUUAUUCAUUUUCACUUUAAAAAGUACAUUUAAUAUGAACUAAGAAUAUGUCAAUAAAUUUAGAAAAACGUUUUUAAGAACGUCUUUUUGAUGAUAACAAAAGUGUUACCCGACUAUCACAACAGAAUUUGUGGUCUGGUGUCAUUGCAGGAAAUAUUUGACUCGAUGAUAUGAAAUAGGUUGAUUUUAAUUGAAGACAAGCAGAAUUUCAUCCCAAGUAUAAUUGCUUGUUUAUAUAACAAGUUCAAGCAUAGUCCUACGGAUUUCGUAAUUUAAAUGAUCACUAAUAGACAUCUUUAUAACUUGUGAUCAUUCCUUAGCGACCCAUAAAUAAACCUUAGACCCCCGUCAACUGGAAUAGUAUUGUAUACAUUUACAUCAUCACAACUUACCAUUGUUUCAUUCUCUUCGUUAGAUGAUUCCCAUAUUUCGGAUUUGAAGUCAUAGAAGUUAUAAUCAUAUUAUGUAAGUUAUGUUGUUUUGGCUACAAUAUACUGACCAGUUAUUUGGACAAUGAAUUAGUGAGCGCGUUUGUGAAGCUCAUUAUAAAACUUAGUGGGAUAUAAGUUUUAUAAAUUUCCGGUAAACUGUGGUAAGGUUAUGUGGUGCAUGACUUGGGAUUGACAUAAACAUAGGGAGACACCGAUGAAUAGCUUGAUUCCUUAAAUAGUUUACCUACAGCUAAUUUUGUUUUAAACCGUCUACAUAUUUCGG